GUGAAGAUCUUUCGUUUGAUUUUACUUCGGGCAAAAUGUUAUCAGCAAAAGUUUUCUUUCUACUCACGGCGUUGGUUGCCACGAUGGUGAUGAGUGCACACACUGCUGAGGGAGGCUUCUUUACGUCCUUGGCUUGUCUAUUUAAAUCGCCGUUGUGUUCAUUAUUGAGACCACCAUCAUUGCCAACUCCUAAUUUUGGACUGGGAGGACUGGGAAAUGGAGGACUAGGAAGUGGAGGACAAGAAAAUGGAGGACAAGGAAAUGGAGGACUGGGAUUUGGAGGACUGGGGGGAUUGGGAGGACUGGGGGGAAUGGGAGGAUUUGGAUUUGGAGGACAAAAUCAAGGACAAAAUGGUGGACAAAAUCCUGGACAAAAUGAUGGACAAGGUCAAGAGCAAAAUGGAGGAGCUGCUGCAGGACAAGGUCAAGGAGCUGCUGCAGGACAAGAUCAAGGAGCUGCUGCAGGACAAGAUCAAGGAGCUGCUGCAGGACAAGGUCAAGGAGCUGCUGCCGGGCAAGAUCAAGGAGCUGCUGCAGGACAAGAUCAAGGAGCUGCUGCAGGACAAGAUAAAGGAGCUGCUGCAGGACAAGCUAAGUAGGCUGGCAAUGAUAAAUGGCUUACUAUGUUGCAUACAAAAAUGUUGUAAAAAAUUUAAAUAUAUCAGUAAUUAAUCAA